AUGAUGAUGACAAUUCUAGUGUAAAUUCUUAUAUUGGAGGAGCUUCUGUCAUUUGCUCGGGAUGAUGUGUGCUAAUUGAGAUGUCUUGAUAAUAAUUGUUUAGCUAAUCUGCCAGCUUCAUUGAUCAAGGAUCUAAGCAGCGAAGAUGAAAAUUAAGAAUUAGAUAGAUUAUGGGAUUAAUACAAAAAAUCGCUUUAAAAACAUUAAAAGAUAUGUCUUACUGAAAAUUGCUGCUAUAUUCUUGAGAAAAAGCUUUUCAGCUCUAGAGUAGAAUGCUAAUACUGUUAAAUUGAAUAUUGCUUCGACUGUAAUGUUGUUUGGCAUUAUGAUAUGACUUGUAAAUAAUACUAAAAAUAGUUACUUUCUUGGGUAAUAGGAAAAGAUAUCUAAAAAUGCCCUAAAUGUGCAAAACUUGUCGAAAAAACUAUUGGAUAAACCUUAUAAACCUUAUUUUAGCUUGGAUUGUUGGUCCGUUUGUAUUGUAUCAUGAAGCCAUGUAAAAGUACAAAGCUCGAGAAGUUAAAGUAGUAGCUAUCUUUCUAUUAAUUAUCGCCUAUCCAAUAUGCAUAUUUCUUUCUCUAUGCUGUUGUGCAAUAUUUGGAUCUCUUUAUUUGA